CUGUGGGAAUAUUCUGGGCAUGGCGUGCUCUGGCUGCUGGCUGUAACUGCUCUCCUCUAUCAUUCUUGGCAUGAUCCAAUCAUGAAACCAUUCUAUCAGAAUAUUAUGACUGCUUGGUGGGUCGAUAUUUUAGUCAUUAUUGUCUUGAAGGCAACAUUUCGCCGUAGUAGACCAGCUACCAAUAGGAAUGAUAUGUACCUAACUGGUUAUGUCGAUCGACAUUCAUUUCCUUCUGGUCAUGCUACAAGAGCAUCGCUUAUGGCUUGUAUAUUCCUUCAAUAUUCGUUUAUUACUGUCAUGAACAAGGUGAUGAUUGUUUUAUGGGCACUUUUACUCUCUGUUUCACGUAUACUAUCAGGAAGACAUCAUAUUAGUGAUGUGAUCUGUGGAAUAAUUAUUGGA